AUGCCAAAUAAUAAAUGGACGGCAGAUUUAAAAACUAUUCUUCAAGUUGCUAAAGCUCGUCUUGAUGUACGUGAAAAGAAAAAAACCGAACAAGUUGCAAAAGAACGUUAUACAGUAGCAGAUUAUGUACGAAAUAAUAAAGUUCCUCGAGCACGGAUCGGUAAAAAUUUAUUAAUUUGUUCAUUCAAAAUUUCAUUUUUUUUUU